AAGCACAUUGAAUAAGAAAAUAAGAUAUAGUCAAGCUCAUGAACUUUUAAGAUUUAUAAAAGAUAUGGAACACAAAUGACAUGCUUACAUUCUUGAUAUAUUGUUCCGUAAUGGAAGAAUAAAGGAGGAAAAGAAGGAAUGCCAUUAACAGCUACGAGAUCUAUCUUUAUUGAUUCAAGAAAGGUGAUAACAAAGAUCUGCCACCGAGAUCUGAAACUUCUCUUGUUUUUCUCCCGCAGCCUUUUCCGGUUCUUCUCGUGUGCUCGAGAUUCCAUCGGAUUUUAACCUUUUGGAGGACACGGUGGAGCUUGUGCCUCAAUUUGACCUUCUGUGUUCUGCCGGCGAAAGUGAGUCUCUUCGGGAGAUCAAUGAUUCCGUUUUGUCACGUGGUAUGGCGCGGAUGGCCUUGAGGACUUACAUGAUGGAGAUCCAGAGUGCCCGUAGGGCUAAGACUAGGGCCGAAGUCUUUCUAAAAAUGGCCGCGAAGUAUCUCCGGUACCGUGACAAGUGCCGUGAGAUGCACGCACAGCUCAGGGUGGGCGGUAAUACUUAGUUCGUUGGGGAGGAGUUGGAUAAAAGGGACGAGGAACUGAUGCGGUCUAUCCGCAGAUGCACCGAGCUUGAGGAGUUGCUUCAUGCCAAAGACGAGGAGCUCGAAGUGGGCAAAAGGGUCGCGAUGAAAUGUGAAUACCUUCAGGCAAAAGUGAUGUCUUUGCAAGCCGAGCUUGAACAAAACGCCACCAGAGUUGCUGACCUAAGCGUAGAAUGGACAGAGAAAGUGGCUGAGCUCAAAAAAAAGGUGGCCGAGUUGGAGAGAGCCGAGGGGGCUCGAGUGUUGGCUUUGACGAGGGCGGCGGCGCUAGAAGACACUAUCCUCGUCCUCAGGUCUGAGAAGGAAUCUGAGAGGGCAACAACCACACUUAGGAAAGUGCGGCUCGAGAAGCGGAUUGGUGAACUUGAUCGGGAGGCUUCGAGCUUGGGAGAUCGAGUUGGGCUCUUGAGGCCGAGAGGACGCAGCUGUUGGCUCAGGCUCCCCCUCAAGAAUCUACCUUCGCUACUGUGCCCUGCCGUCUGUAUGAGGUAUGGUUCAUGCUGAGGCCCAACGAGAUAUAUACAAGGGUUUGUGAGAGGCGGGGAGCGUUCCUGAGGCCUCUUUUGAAGAUGCUCGGGCGAAGGCACGCGAGGCUCGUCUUGCUUGUGGCUAUGACCCUGCAACACCGGAGGCUGGUGAGGGUGCUGAGACUGAAGACGGGCUUCCUUCGGAUGAUGGCAGUGUAGAUUAAGCCGAGUGAAUUUUUUUUGCUGCUUUUGUACUUUUUUUGUUGUUGUUAUUUGUUUUCUUAUUUUUCUUGGGGUCCUGCUUUUGGCCCUUUGUAAGGCGUGGUUGUUGCGCAUGUACAUCUUCUGAAUAAAAUAGUCGAUUUUCUUUAGGUUA